UUCACCACCAGCCUUAUCUUAAGACAAUAGUGUCCCGUCCUUCAAAGCAAUCUGGUCGUCGGUUCGUCGAUGCACACUUGAUAUUCUUGUUUUGCAAAGUCUUUGUGUUUCGAAAUAUCUCUGCAAGAACAGACCAAUGACAAACAUGGCAAUUGGUGCAAUCUAUAUUGGAAUAGUUCUUUGCCAAGCCUUUCAAGUGAUUGAUUGCUGUACUUUUAAACCGUUUGAGGAUUCUCGGUGUUACUUAGAGCUCGUAAACCAACAGUAUAUAGUCCGCAGUAACCCGGAUGGCGCUCACAUUGACUUCACACAAUGUAUACUGGUCAAUGGUGAACUACAUAAUCCACACAGCGUACACAGACAAGAAUGUGAUCAAGCAUUAAGUGGACAAACAGUUUACGUAUCUCAUACCGCAGUCCAUCAAUCGGCCCACCAGACACAAACUUCUUCCAGCCAUAGUUCAAGUAUAGCUAUUAGCGCAAGUGGUAGCUCCAGCUCGAACAGUUCACAUAGCUCCCAUCAUUACAACUGUUACCACAAUCACCGUUACUACCGAGAAAUUUUUGGAGAAGCAGAAAGGGUCAAUUGUCAUAGAACAUAUUCAGUGUUCGAUAAACUAGAUUAUCUCCGCCAGAACGACCAUUACUGUCUGUCCACAUUAGUCCAGGAGAUGGCAGGCCUGAAAUAUUCCGACUGCGAGUGUUCUGAUAGUUCAUCCAACAUACAAUACUCCUUCAGGGGACAACAAUAUUACCACCACAACUGCAUGAACCACCCCACAUACAAAGAUAUUAUCACCAGAUAUCUGUCUUAUGUACCUUACAAUAUGGGUGUAAUGGAACCUUCUGCUAAAUGCCAUACUAGAUAUCAACUUUGGCAAGACCUUCUACGUUUGCGGAGUUCUGGGGAACAUCAUGCAACUUGUUUUGAUCAGUUUGUUCAUCAUAUGAACGAAGCCUAUCAUACCCACUCUGAACCCCCGUGCAGUUCCUGUCACAUUCCUGCCGCCCACACCAAUGCUGAUCACAACUAUAAUGCCUAUAUAAAAGGAGAUUGUCUAAGCGAGCACACAGUGUGGUCAUUUUUGAUGGAAGAACAUUCAACUCUUUAUCAUGGACAGAAUAGAGAAACACUGAUUGAACACAUGGCAGCGCUGUAUCCAGAUGGUACUGAUAAUAAAUGCGUGUGUUCCAAGACCUUUGAUCUUCAUUACUCACAUACGUCUUCUGAGGAUUAUCAUUGGUCUUUUGCAUGCAGUAACAGCGCUCACGGUUAUAAUUACUAUCCUUCUUCAUACCAAAAUGCUAUCACCCACCUGUUCGGAUCUCCCUAUCCGCAUCAAACCAGACAGACAUGUCAUUCACAUGCAGCUGUUUGGCAUGAACUCAAUCGCAUUGUGAAACAUAAUCAUGAUCCUGUACGUUGUCUAGAAACUCUUAUUCACAUUCUUCGAGAUGCCGUCGAAAAACAGGGAGACCCCUGCCAUUGCCAUCCUGUUGCUUCAACUACAAGACCAACAGAAACAACUACGAAAAUGACCACAACAACAAUUGAUUUAACAAACACACUAUCAACAACAAAAUCAACAACUGCACAACCAACAACAAAAACAACACAACUAGCAACAUUAACCACGAAACCAACAACAACACGAUCAACUACAGCAACUACGAAACUAACUACAGUGGCAGCUACACAAACAUCUUUUAACUGGGUCACAAUCAAAAACACAACAUCUUCAACCGUAGCUGUGGGGCAUACAACGCAGUGUUUGAAAAUUCACACGAUUGAGGAACUUGCAAAAUACCAGCAAAUGUAUCCCGAGUUAAAUACUGACUGUUCCAAUCACAUAUCCACGUCAAAUCUUAUUGUUAGGUCAUUAUGUCCUUCAGUUCCUGUAACGCAAAAUUGGAAACCGGGAGUCAAGGUGACCGAAUCAUGUGACAUUUUGAAGACCUAUAUUCCCGUUGCAACCUUUACCCCAUCCUCUGAGUACCCCCCUGACGGACUUGCUGGAGUGUUUCUUGGUUGUACUGAUUCCUCAAUAAAGAUUGCAACACAGGAGUGUGGUGGACGGUUCAGCAUACUAGAGCUUCCACGUGAAACCGCUCAGUUUGAAAGUUUUACCAACACUGCUUCAAAUUAUCACGUCGUUAUGUACUGAUUUUUAACAAAUCUAAGAUCCAAUAAAGUUGUCUAUUCAGUC